CGACGUUGAACCGUCAAUUUCAUCAAUUUUCAUGAACGAAGUACGAACGAACGAGAGUCGACAGCGAAUCUCAGAGGCCCCGCCUUUACAUUAAUAUUUUUAGUUUGUUAGUUUUCGCGAUGUUAUUGUAUUAAAACAAGAAAUCUAGAUAAACGAGUUGUGAACGACGUAGUCCUCACAAUGGAUACGAGCAGAAUUCUGUGUUUCAUAGCGUUAGUCUCGCAGGCCGCUGCUUUAUUAACAUCUCCACCAAAAAUCGUGAAGCAACCGACUCAGGAAGAAAUCCUGUUCCAAGUGGCGCAACAGGGAGAAGUGGAUAAACCUUUUAUUAUAGAGUGUGAGGCUGAAGGAGAACCAGCACCUAAGUACAAAUGGAUCAAAAACGGCAAAUCAUUCGAAUACUCGAGCUACGACAACCGUAUCUCGCAACAAACCGGCCGAGGCACUCUCGUCAUCAGCAAGCCCAAGGAGGAAGAUCUGGGACAGUACCAGUGCUUCGCAUACAACGAGUGGGGAACCGCUGCAUCCAACUCGGUCUUUGUAAGGAGAGCCGAGCUCAAUUCCUUCAAGGAAACCGAUGGUCAGCAAGUCGUGAGAGCUGAAGAAGGUAAACCUUAUAAGCUGACGUGCGAGCCCCCGGACGGUCAUCCGAAGCCCAAGGUCUACUGGAUGUUGCAAGGGGACCAGGGUCAGCUGAAGACGAUCAACAACUCUCGUAUGACACUCGACCCGGAAGGAAACCUCUGGUUCUCCAACGUGACCCAAAACGACGCCAGCGAAGAUUACGCGUACAUCUGCACGGCCAACUCCGGCUUCAGAAAUGAAUACAAAGUGGGGAACAAGAUCUACCUUCAGGUCAUCCCGACCGGCAUCUCGCCGACACUCAACCGACACGAGCCCGUGCGCCAGUACACCACCAGGAAGAUCGAGAGAGGCCUCAAGGGUCAGCGCGUGGAGCUCUACUGCAUCUACGGCGGAACGCCGCUCCCUCAGAUCGUAUGGAAGAAGAACGGGCGCAGCAUCUUGUGGUCUCAGAGCAUCACCCAGGACAACUACGGAAAGACCUUAGUGAUCAAGUAUCCGACGUACGACGACCAGGGCACGUACACGUGCGAGGUCAGCAACGGCGUGGGCUCGGCGCAGUCCAACUCCAUCCAGCUCAACAUCGAAGCUGCGCCAUUCUUCACGGUGGAACCAGAGAUCCAGAACCUAGCCGAGGGCGAGACGGCGGUCAUCCGCUGCGAGGCGGACGGCACCCCGGCGCCGAAGAUAUCCUGGAUCCACAACGGGAAGCCGAUCGAGCAGGCCGAGCUGAACCCGCGCCGUCAAGUCAGCGCCAACUCCAUCGUCAUCACCGACCUCGUGAAGAAGGACACGGGCAACUACGGCUGCAACGCCACCAGCGCCAUCGGCUACGUCUACAAGGACGUCUAUAUCAACGUGCAGUCCAUUCCCCCUGAAAUCAAGGAGGGUCCCAUGAACCUGACCAACGUGGACGGCUCCGAGGCUGUGCUCAAGUGCAGAGUCUUUGGAGCACCGAAACCUAUCGUCAAAUGGAUGAAGGACAACGUCGACGUCACAGGAGGGAAAUACAACAUAACGGCGGAGGGCGACCUCGUGAUCCGCGACGUGUCGUUCACUGACGUGGGCACGUACCAGUGCUACGCCAAGAACAAGUUCGGCGAGACCUCCGCCUACGGAUCGCUGGUGGUCAAGAAGCACACGGUGAUCACGGACAAGCCGGAGCACUACGAGGUGGCGGCGGGCUCGUCGGCCACGUUCCGCUGCAACGCCAACGCCGACGACUCGCUGCCGCUGCAAAUCAUCUGGCUCAACGACGGCCAGCAGAUCGACUUCGAGAGCCAGCCGCGCUUCCGCAUGACCAACGACUACUCGCUGCUCAUCUCCGACACCAGCGAGCUCGACUCCGGCCAGUACACCUGCAUCGCCAGGACGCCCGUCGACGAGGCGCGCGCCCAGGCCACGCUCACCGUCCAAGACAAGCCGAACCCGCCGGUGCUGACGGGCGCGGAGUGCGGCGCGCGCACGGCCACGGUGCGGUGGCGGGCGGCGGGCGACAACCGCGCGCCCAUCCUGCGCUACUCGCUGCACUACAACACCAGCUUCACGCCGCACGUGUGGGCCGUCGCCGCCGCCGCCGUGCCGCCAGUCGACUCCGCCUGGACCGCCGCGCUCAGCCCCUGGGCCAACUACACCUUCCGCGUGGUGGCGCACAACAAGAUCGGCCCGUCGGCGCCCUCGGGCCACUCCGACGUGUGCACCACGCAGCCCGACGUGCCCUACAAGAACCCCGACAACGUGAAGGGCGAGGGCACCGACCCCACCAACAUGCUCAUAUCGUGGACGAAAAUGCCUCAAAUCGAACACAACGGCCCCGGGUUCUACUAUCUGGUGUCGUGGCGCCGGAACAUCACGGGACAACCCUGGGAAGAGCACCAGGUCCGGGACUGGCAGCAAACCGAACACCUGGUGACCAACACCCCCACCUUCCAGCCCUACAAGAUCAAGGUGACAGCGGUGAACUUCAAAGGAACAUCGAACGUGACUCCCAUUGAAGUGAUCGGCUGGUCCGGAGAGGACCGACCCACUCAGGCUCCGGGCAACCUCAGCCUGUCCCAGGUGACUUCUGGCACCAGCGCCGUGCUCAGCUGGACUCCCGUGGCGCCAGAGUCGCUGCGGGGGCACUUCAAAGGAUACAAAAUCCAGACCUGGACCGACGCCGAGGAGGACCGACUCAAGGAGAUCUUUGUGGAGUCUGACGCGACCAGCGCCCUCGUCAACAAGUUCAAGCCCUUCAAGAAGAACAACGUGCGCAUCCUCGCCUACAACGGCCGCUUCAACGGGCCCGCCAGCGACACCCUCAGCUUCGUCACCCCCGAGGGACAGCCCUCCACCGUUCGCUCCUUCGAGGCCUACCCUAUCGGCUCCUCCGCCAUGCUGCUCAAGUGGGAGAAGCCCAUGGAGGAGAACGGCGUCCUCACCGGCUACAAGAUCUACUACAGCAAGGUGAUCGCCACGGCCGUGGAGACUCCGAAGGAGCGCAAGAAGGAGAUCGACCCCAAGUUCGACCGCGCCAAGCUCGCCGGCCUCGAGCCCAACACCAAGUACAGGAUCGAGAUCCGCGCCAAGACCAAGGCCGGCGAGGGCAAGGGCUACUACGUGGAGCAGUCCACCAACAACGUGCUCACCGCGCAGCCGGACGUGCCCGCCUUCGAGACCGAGACGCUGCCCGGGAAGGAGGGCACGGCCCACGUCAUAGUCCGCUGGAUCCCCUCGCUCGACGGACACGCGGGGACGCACUUCGUGGCCUGGUACCGGCUCAAGGGGCACCCCGACUGGCAGCGGACCAACGACAUCACCGAGGACGACUUCGUGAUCCUGACGGGGCUGGAGCCCGGCCAGCUGUACGAGGUCAAGGUCACGGUGCACGACGGCCACUACUUCAGCACCAGCGAGCUGCGGACGGUCGACACCUCCAUAGUAGACGGACCGAUAGUGAAGCCGGACGAGAAGAUCGCGACCGCGGGCUGGUUCAUCGGCGUGAUGCUGGCGCUGGCCUUCCUGCUGCUGCUGCUGGUGCUGGUGUGCGUGCUGCGCAGGAACCGCGGCGGCAAGUACGACGUGCACGACCGCGAGCUGGCGCACGGCCGCAGGGACUACCCCGACGCCGGCUUCCACGAGUACACGCACCCAUUGGACAACAAGUCUCGGCAUUCGAUGAGCAGCGGCACCAAGCCGGGGCCCGAGAGCGACACGGACUCGAUGGCGGAGUACGGCGACGGAGAGACGGGUCGGUUCACUGAGGACGGCUCGUUCAUCGGGCAGUACGUGCCGGGGGCGCGCGCCCUGCCCCCCCCGCCGCCGCCCCCCGCGCCCGCCCUCGCGUCCCCCGCCUCCCCCGCCUCCUCGCAGCCCCCCACCUACGUGUAGCCGCGCGGCCCGGCGACCACAUCUCGUACGACGUUUAUCUCUUUUGUUUUAAAUUUGACAGCUAAUUAAUGUAACCGAGUACUGGCACCUAUUGAAUUUCAGUCAUUUUCGUCAACGAAAAUUUAAAGAAGAUACAUUGAACGUUUGCUUGUUACGUUUCAUUUUAUAACGAAGCGAAUGGCUGAACUCGACUAAAGAAUUUCCUAGUUUAAGUACGUUUAUUAUUUUUUAUGAAAAUUCAUUAAAUUGUAUCGAUGCUAAAUAUCUAAAUGUGGAAUGAAUCAUGUAAUUUUUAGUUAAAACCUUCAUUGAGCUUAGGGCCGUUAAGUUAAGCUGAGUAAAGCUCGCUCUAUACAGGCCCUGACCAGUGUUGGUAACAACACUAGAGUAUCGAUGUUUUUAUCUCUAUAUUUGGUUGUUCGUUGAAUUGGAAUUCAGAAAACAAUUAUUUCUUUAUGAGACUGAUUUUAAGUAAUGUGUUUGUACUGGCUCAUCGGUCGUUGUGUUUCAGUUUAUUUACUGUUUAGCUCUCUCUUAAGUGAUUAGAGAGGGACGGCGUGCAGUAUUGCGCUCCCUCCCUCCCGUAGGCGGCUCGGUUCGAUAUCAAUUGUAAUGUAUGUUUAAGGCGUUAAGUAAAAGCUAUUUUUGUCAAAUUCUGAUAAGGUUAGGGCUACAGGUCCGGUGGUCACGCCCGACCGUCGGACGGAAAUACCUUUCAUAAAAAUGUGAAGGAAAUAUGGAGGGGUUGCCCUGUUUAAAAAUUAAAACUAAUCUUUUGAAUUUUACAUUUUAUUCAAAGCCAAGUUGUUAAACGAUGUAAAGUGAAUUAAGAGAACUUUAAUUAGGAAUUUACAUCAUCAAAAAAAUAUUUUUCUAUUGCACGGUGUGACCACCGGACGUACUCUGGUGCUUUGCGGUGGCGAAGGGAGACGCGUCUUCACGAACGGUUUUGAAAAUAAUUAUUGUAUAGUUAAAAUUGCACUUUAGCCCAGAUUAUUACCCUCAAACACUUUCGAGACAGUCAAAGGUAAUUGGAGCCUGGCCUUGGUGCCGUGAAGUCACGGCUUGCGACAGUGUUGCGGCCGUGACGUCACUGCGUCGCGGCACGCGGUAUAGUUGCACUGUACGUGUUGAUAUUGUAUUGAAUCUCACAUAUUGUAACUUCGACUAAAUCUCAUGCAAGUCGCUCUCGCGUAGUUUUGUAAGUAUUUUAAUAUAAGCUUUUUAUCUCCGUAAAGUUUGUCGCUUGUUCGAAAGCACUCGUCCUCGGCGCUGGCAACACGAGGGGACACGAAUUUUUAAUCGCACGAUUUUUUAUUUUUUACUUAAGGAGAUUUAAUUUUGUUUGUUUGUCGACACAAAUCGUAUGAGGGUACACGCCAGUCGACUGGGCGUCCGCCUGUAAGGUUUCAGUCCUCGUUGUACAUUCCACACGGUGUGACCAUAUUGUUUGUUUUUAUAUUUCGAAAUUUCCAGUUACCCCCAGUUUCUAAAUUAUGUAAUUUAAUUUAUAUUUAGUAAGGCAUAUCCGUCGCUCCCGCAGUUAGUAGUCGACGGUCGAUCCAAUGAGUCGUUCGAGCACUUGUAAUCUUUCAACUUCCACCCUCCCACUAACAGCUUGUCAUAACUAAUGUGAAUGUACCCCCCAUUUAACAGUAAUAGUGUAUCUCGAUCGCUCUGUUAUCUUAUUAUAUACCUGUUUUAUGAAUGUAUUUAUUAAUUAUUAUAUUGUAAUGUAUGUAUGCACGCGUAUCUAACUGCCUAUAGCGCGCUGCCCGUCUUCACGUAGACCACAAAGUUAAAUGUGUUCACUAUUUUAAUUUUCACUAUCGUUCUUCGAAGUCCAAUAAUAAUUGAAGACUUGUUGAUUCACGUGAGCUUGUUAGAUGAUACCGUUUUUUGAUGGGAUUACGAAAAACGGUCGGUUUUUAUUGUACUGCGCGUUCGAAGUCAGUUCUCUUGUCUGCAUUCACUAAAAUAACUCGCCUUUUUAUUGUAAAUCUGAUCUUGAAUUGACAAAAGACGUUUUUGUGCGAGUACCCAUUCGUGCCGGGGGCCGAACCUCCUAUGAGGUCCCCGCGCCUAGGGGGCGCGCGGGGUAUGUGGGACUUGACGAUCUGCAAGGUGUUAGACCGCGGGCCCAAGGAAUUUUAGGGCCCACCCACUAAACGACUCCCCUGCACUCUCACACCCGACGUCCGAUCUCCGUCCGGGGUCAGAGUAGGGGGGUUCCCGCGGUACCCUGCAUUAACUCGAGAUCCCAGCAGUUCAAUGUUGUGUACGUUCUGCUGUUCUUCUAGAAACGUUCGGACAGAGUUCGCUCUGAUGUUAGUGGCGGCGGGAACUAGUCCGGCGCCCGCGUAGGCACCGAUCAGUUUGGUCUCGCUCGUUGUUGAGCUGCAGUGUUGUUUGUCUAUGGUUGUUGUGCGGAUGACGGGAGCGCUUUGUUUUACAGUCACGUUGUCUCUUAGAAUUAAUAUAUUGAAUUUAUCUAGAGGAAAAUAAGUGUCUUUGUUCCACCUGUAAGGUUGUCGACGGUCUGAUGACGUCACGUCGAGUUAUGGUUGACGGAAGGGCAACUACUGUUUUUAAUAGUUUGAUCUGUUUACUUUCCUCUGGAAACGUAAGGUCUUUGAUUAUGUAUUAUUAAUGAUAUAUUCGUAUAAUUUGCAUGGCAAGCUAAGUUCAAAGUGUUACGUUUAUUUGCGUAAUUAAAUUGUGUAGUUAUGUAACGGGAAUCAAACUUUUACUUUGAGAUAGUUUUGAUCGUCGCGGUGACGGAAGGUAAAGUCGCCGACUCCGCCCGUGUCAAUAUCAAUGACAAUGUCAAUAUGACAAUAUCUGUUGUUUACGUAAUGACUCGAUUCUGUUCUGUCCUCGUGCGGAGACUUGAUUUGAUUUCGUGAAGUGAAUCUUAAAAAAUAUUUUAUUAGUUUGCAUUAAGUAUGUAACUUGUAAUUUAUUGUAACUAUGAUAAAUAUUUUUUUAUGUUGCAUAGAAAAUACAGUUUAAGAAAUUU